CUCUUAUCUGUCAAUUGAAUCUUCUUCCAUUCUCUUUUUUUUUUUUAAUUCAUUUAAAUAACUUUCCCUCUCUGACCAGAGAAAAGAAUAUGAUUUCUCUCACUUUCUCUGUACCUUUCUUUGCUUCAUCUUCAAAUCUUCCCUCCUCAUCUUGUUCAAAAGAAGAAAAAAAAGAAGAAAUUACGAAACUUUCUUCUUCACGAUAUUUCAAAAUCAAAAUUUGGUUUCAGGGUCCCAUUUUUAUUCUUUCUUUUUUUUCUUGCCUGAUUCUUUAAUUCUUGAUUCUCAUUAAUGCUCAUGGGUUUUAUAUGAAUCCUAUGAAACUUACAGUACAGGCUCCAUUGAACAGUAAUAACUUGUAUCCUUUUAAACCGACAGAGGAAGAUCUCAGAUAGAUGGCAAACAAGAUAAGUGAAACUGCUUCCAAGAUGGAUGAUUAUGAAGUCGUGGAACAGAUCGGACGAGGCGCUUUUGGUUCUGCUUUUCUUGUUAUUCACAAGUCUGAGAGACGAAAGUAUGUGGUUAAGAAGAUUCGUUUGGCUAAACAAACAGAGAGAUGCAAGCUUGCUGCAAUCCAAGAGAUGAGUUUGAUAUCAAAGCUUAAGAGUCCUUAUAUUGUGGAGUAUAAAGAUUCAUGGGUUGAAAAGGAUUGUGUAUGCAUUGUAACUAGUUAUUGUGAGGGUGGAGACAUGACUCAAAUGAUAAAGAAAUCAAGAGGAAUAUUCGCGUCCGAAGAAAAACUCUGUAGAUGGAUGGUGCAGCUACUGCUGGCUAUAGAUUACCUCCAUAACAAUCGAGUUCUUCACCGGGACCUUAAGUGCUCCAACAUAUUCCUCACUAAAGAAAACGAGGUUCGGUUAGGUGACUUUGGCCUAGCAAAACUUUUAGGCAAAGACGAUCUUGCUUCCUCGAUGGUGGGAACACCAAACUACAUGUGCCCUGAACUUCUUGCAGAUAUACCUUACGGCUACAAAUCUGAUAUUUGGUCUUUAGGUUGCUGUAUGUUUGAAGUAGCUGCACAUCAACCGGCCUUCAAGGCUCCUGACAUGGCAGGACUCAUCAACAAGAUUAACCGCUCUUCGCUCUCUCCUCUCCCGGUUAUGUAUUCCUCUUCAUUAAAAAGACUGAUCAAAAGUAUGUUGCGCAAGAACCCUGAACAUAGACCAACUGCUGCAGAAUUGCUAAGACAUCCUCACUUACAGCCAUAUCUUGCACAAUGCCAAAACCUGUCUCCGGUUUUCAAACCAGUUGUCUCCAAAUCAGAACACAACACCUACGAAAACAGAAUAGGUCUCCCGCCGAAGACCAAAUCCGUAAAAACACCCAUUAAACAUAAUCAAGAAGCAGAGGAAACAGAGAAGAGAAACAAGAAUACUAGCUCUGGUUCAAAAGACAAGGAGAGACCAGCAAAGAGCCAAGAGAUGUCAUUGAUUAGCACAUUAACGCUGCUACGCGAGUUUCAGAAGAAAAGCCCGAAAAGCGAGGAGAGGGCAGAAGCAUUGGAAUCAUUGUUGGAGCUUUGUGCAGGUUUACUUAGGCAAGAGAAGUUUGAUGAGCUUGAAGGAGUCUUGAAACCUUUUGGAGAUGAAACAGUUUCAUCAAGAGAAACCGCUAUUUGGCUUACAAAGAGUCUCAUGAAUGUAAAGAGAAAGCAAAACGAUGAUGAAACCAAUCUUUAAAAGAAACAUUAACCACAAAUUUUCAUGUAACCACUUCGUGUAUUAAGGAAUUAAUCGAAAAGCAAUGAAGUUUUUGAUCA